UAACAAUAUGGCGUCAAUGUGUCAAAUUUAAUAAUAACAAUAAUAAUAAAAGUCUAUUGAAACUUGACAAGUUGUAUUUUGUUUUUUUAUCAAAACAUACUUGAUAAAUAUUCAGUGUUUAGGUGUAUUUAAAUUAUUAUUAAAAACAAAUAAAUAUGGCAGAUUCAAAGUACGCUGAUCUUCCUGGAAUAGCUUAUAACCAGGUUGAUGUUUAUGAGACAACUGAUUUACCAGAAGCUGAACAAUUUACAGAAUACAAUGAGGAUGAAUCUGAAUCAAUUGAACGACUUCAUAUCAAUGCAACUGAGGCAUUUGGCAAGUUUAAAGGAAAGCAUGUAAUCACAGAAGGAGUUGAUUUUUCAGAUAAAAUAUCACGAAAAACAAGAACUGGAUUUGGAGUAUGGGAACUUCCUGGAGAAGGUGAACAAGAGACUCCAAUUCAAAAAUUCCAAAGAUUACAAUGUGAAAUUAAAGAAUUGUAUGAUGAAGUUGCUGAAAUAAAGGAAAAAGCAAAAGACGAAGAAGAAAUAAAAAAUUCAGCAGAUAUAAUGGCACAAGUUGAUGAGGCAGGCAAACAAUUAAACAGUAUAAAAUUAGAUGAUUGUUUUGGUACUGAUUUAGUUGUAACAUUGUCUGAUCCUCAGGGUAUUAGAUUAAAACAAUUAAAAUCACAAAUUGAACAAUUUAAACAUGCUGGUAUUAAAGAUAAUAAUAAUGAAAAAAAUGAAAAGCCAGAAGUGAUAAAUGAUAAUUGUCAAAAUGGUGUUAUGAAAUAUGAAAUGUUAUAUUUACCAGAAAAAUCAAGAAUGCAAGAAGUUGCAAGAGUUGCUCAAUUGGAACAAAGAUUAGCUAAAUUAGAAAAUUUACUUGGUUCAAGUGAUGAAAAAUUAGCUAAAUUUACACAAAAUCUUAAAUCACAAGGUAUUCUAGAAUCUGUUCAACAACUUGCUGCAAAAUCAGCUCUACUUGAUAGCAAUCAAGUUGAUGCAAUGGAAAGUAGAAUUGCCAGUUUAACAAAUAAAAUGGAUAAUAUUGCACAUAAAAAAUCAACAAUGCCAGCUGAUUCUGAACGUGAUCAAAAAAUAAGUGAAAUGUAUGAUAUUGUUAAAAAAACUGAAGCAAUGUCACAAAUUUUACCACAAACUGUGGAAAGACUUAUUGCUCUCAAUGCAAUUCAUCGUCGUGCUGGAGAAUUUAGCAAGUCUUUGACACAACUUGAAGAAUUACAAAAUCAAAUUUCAACAAAUUUAGAAAGUAAUAAAUCAGUGUUAAAGGGUGUACAAGAAAGUUUUGCAGGAAAUUUAGAAAUGAUUCAUAAAAAUAUGGCAGCUUUAGAAAUACGUGUUGAAAAUUUAAAAAAAUAA